GGGUCGCGCCGGGCCUGGGGCCGAGGCGGCGCGCGGCGCUGACAGCUGCGGCGGCUCGCGGCCUCCCGCCCCCCGGGUGCCCGGCCCCGACCCGGCCUGGCCUGCCCCGGAGCCAUGAGCCCCGGGCUGCUGCUGCUGCUCGGCAGCGCCGUCCUGGUCGCCUUCGGCCUCUGCUGCACCUUCGUGCACCGCGCUCGCAGCCGCUACGAGCACAUCCCCGGGCCGCCGCGGCCCAGUUUCCUUCUAGGACACCUCCCCUGCUUUUGGAAAAAGGAUGAGGUCUGUGGCCGCGUGCUUCAAGAUGUGUUUUUGGAUUGGGCUAAGAAAUACGGUCCUGUUGUGCGGGUCAACGUCUUCCACAAAACCUCGGUCAUCGUCACCAGCCCCGAGUCAGUCAAGAAGUUCCUGAUGUCCACCAAAUACAACAAGGACUCCAAGAUGUACCACGCCAUCCAGACCGUGUUUGGGGAGAGGCUGUUCGGUCAAGGUUUGGUGUCCGAAUGUGACUAUGAGCGCUGGCACAAGCAGCGGAGGGUCAUGGACCUGGCCUUCAGCCGCAGCUCUUUGGUCAGCUUGAUGGAAACAUUCAACGAGAAAGCUGAGCAGUUGGUGGAGAUUCUGGAAGCCAAAGCGGAUGGGCAGACCCCAGUGUCCAUGCAGGAUAUGCUAACCUCCACCACCAUGGACAUCCUGGCCAAGGCAGCUUUUGGGAUGGAGACCAGCAUGCUGCUGGGCGCCCAGAAGCCUCUGUCCCGGAAAGUGAAGCUGAUCAUGGAGGGCAUCUCCGCGUCCCGCAACACCCUGGCGAAGUUCAUGCCAGGGAAGUGGAAGCAGCUUCGCGAGAUCCGGGAGAGCAUUCGCUUUCUGCGCCAGGUUGGCAAGGACUGGGUGCAGCGCCGCCGGGAGGCCCUCAAGCGGGGAGAGGACGUUCCCGCAGACAUCCUCACACAGAUUCUCAAAGCUGAAGAGGGGGCCCAGGACGACGAGAUUCUCCUGGACAACUUUGUCACCUUCUUCAUUGCUGGUCACGAGACCUCUGCCAACCACCUGGCAUUCACGGUGAUGGAGCUGUCUCGCCAGCCAGAGAUCCUGGCCAGGCUGCAGGCGGAGGUGGACGAGGUCAUUGGCUCCAAGAGGCACCUGGACUGUGAGGACUUGGGGAGACUGCAGUACCUGUCUCAGGUCCUCAAGGAGUCACUGAGGCUGUACCCGCCAGCCUGGGGCACCUUCCGCCUGCUGGAGGAGGAGACCUUGAUCGAUGGGGUCCGCGUCCCCAGCAACACCCCGCUCCUGUUCAGCACCUAUGUGAUGGGGCGGAUGGACACGUACUUUGAGGACCCGCUGACUUUCAAUCCUGACCGCUUUGGCCCGAAAGCACCCAAGCCGAGGUUCACCUACUUCCCCUUCUCCCUGGGACCCCGCUCCUGCAUCGGGCAGCAGUUUGCACAGAUGGAGGUGAAGGUGGUCAUGGCCAAGCUGCUGCAGAGGCUGGAGUUCCGGCUGGUGCCAGGGCAGCGCUACGGGCUGCAGGAGCAGGCCACGCUCAAGCCCCUGGACCCCGUGCUGUGCACCCUGCAGCCCCGGGGCUGGCAGCCCGCACCCCCGCCCCCGCCCUGCUGAGGGGCCCAGCGUGGCAUUGGACUCCUCAGGCAGGGGCCACUCCCGCCUUCUCCCACAGCCCUGCCACUGCCCCCCAUGCCCCUGCGCCCCCGCCCUCCAUGCUGGCUCCCAGCGGGCCCACUG